AUGGAGAAGCCACCAAGCCGCCAGAGACGCGCGAAAUCAGAGAGGAGGAAUGAGCCGCCGAGGGCUACCACCGGUCGGAGCCACGAUUUCGCCGAGGAAGGCGGACGUCGGAGCAAGCUGUCAAAACGGGCAGGCGGAGUUUGCCCGCCAGGACGAAAUGCAGGCUCAACCCUCCCCUGCCACGGGCUGCGGUGGAAAAGUGCCUCAGACCAUUUCAUGUUGGUGGUGGAAGCUAACCCAGGUUCAAGGAGAAGCAAAAGAAGGUUCCACUUUGAUAAGCGGUGGGUGAAGAAGGAAUGA